AUGUCACGUUUUGAAACCAAGGAUAUUGAAAAGGAUAAGUGGGCCCAAACCGGAUGGAGAAUAGAGCAGAGGUAUGGAAACAGAGCGCUGAUAGGCAACUGGGCUGAGGAAAGACGUCAGUUCACUCGGGAGCCAAAGAUAGCCGACAGCAUCAGCCGUGUAGACUACAGGCCCCACUGGGACUUUAAGCCAGACGUCUUUGAGAGAAGAUCUGCCCUGCUGAGAGCUGAGGGACUCCCAUACAGGAUUCUGUUUGACCACCACUCCUCAUUGCCCUCUCAUUAUUUGGCAGAAGACUAUGAACAGAGAAAUGCACAUAAACCCAGCAGCUCUUUGCCAGCGAUACAACUCUGGAAUCCCAACAUGACCUUUCAGUCUGAGAGGUUUGACAAGCCAAUUUCUGUGCUUUCAGCUGACACAGACCCACUGAAGUACACAGAUGACUUUUGAGAAAAGCAGCAGUCACAACUCCCUUCAACGACUGUUUACAGGUCAUCAUACCAAAAUCACCCACUUGAUGCCCUCUGCAAAUGUCGCUUUGUCAGGGCACCCGGAGCGCUCUCCAGUCAUGCCUGCAUUGCCAAUCGCAACAACAAGAAUCUAAAUCUGAGAGAGAACCCGUACCUACAAGUUCCAGAUCAUUGUUUUAGGCAAGAUGUGAUAACACAACAGGAUUGGCAGAAGAAGUGUGGUUGAGGAUUUACAUCACAUUGUUAAUUUCAAUAUAUGUGGUUUAGAGUUUUAGGUGAUAUUUUUUACAAGCUUACAUAGUAAAAACACUAACUAGAAAGGAAAGAGAAAUCAAGAUUUUCUUUAAAGUCACUGAGGUCGUUUAUCAAUCAAGUGGGUUGUGUGAAGAGUUGUAUUAGUGAACGCUGUCAGAGGGAGAAAAGAGGAAAAAAUAACUGGUAUCAUUGAUUUCCAAAUCAUACCAGAUCUGGCGAAGAUAUGAAGAAAGAAGAAAAUAUUAAAUACUUGCUCUGCCUCCAGGUAGACAUACCUUUUUUCUAAUUCUAUUAAGUGUUCAUUAAAUAAAAUUGCUUAAUUGGGAAGAAUCCUAUUUGCUUAUGCUUGCAGUGUUUACAUCUUCUUUCACCUGCUGUUGCCUUCUUAUGCAGGUUUUUUUUUAAUCUUGUGUCAGUUGUUUAGUAAUGCCU